AUGUCAAGUAGGUUUCUUAGUCGGCCUCACAGUGUGUACAAGCAUGGACUAUUUUCGAAUCACAGACAUCUAUCCGAUUCUGUUGUGUUUACUGCAGUAGAUAGGUCUCCAAAUUUACCACUUGCAACUACACAACCUUUGAAGCAAGGAAAGCUCCGGGUUCCUCUCCUCAAAUCGCCGUCGCAUUUGGGCCACUUCACUAGUCGAGUCAAUCGCCCUUACAAUGAGGACAAGUACAGUGCCAAGGUUCUCAACAUCAAUGGUCAAGAGAUUAUCAACUUUAACAUCUUUGAUGGACAUGGGGGAGAUGAGUGCAGUACUUUUCUUGCUGAGAAUUUGUCGGCAAGUGUUGAAGCUUAUGUAAAUGGAAAAAGCGAUAUAGGUGAAGGCAAAGAAGAAUUGGUAAAGAAAUAUGCAAAGAAUGUUGGAGGGUACUGGAAACGAUGGUACAAGCAUCGUGAGAAGGCAUUCACAGCCUGGAAUAAGAACAAAAUUAACCUCAAGCACUUUGAAAAAGAACUAGAAAAAGUGGAUUUGAAUCUUCGAAUACCAUUGAGUUAUCUCGCGCUUGACUAUGACUUUUGUUCGAGCACGCCAAAGUCGGGAUCUACAUGUACAUCAGCAUUCUUGCAGACUAUAUAUACAAAUCAAACCCUGCAAUUUCAACCAUUUUACGAAAACUUUUAUUUCAACAGGAAAACCAUUUCCUUAUUGACCAUAGCACAUAUUGGAGACACGCGUGCCAUUCUCGUGGACAAAAACGGACUUGCCAAUGGUCUCACUGCAGACCACCAUCCUCUGGACCCCGAGGAAUCUCAACGUUUGCGUAGAUAUGCAGCCAAUUUCUUUAUGGCAGACUCUUUUGGGGAAGAGCGGUUUAUUGCAUUGGCCAAUACUCGUGCAUUUGGCGACGUUGAUUAUAAGGAGGUUGGUGUGACAGCAGAGCCGGACUUUGCCCAGUUUGUUAUUGGUGACUCGCAUGAAAUCAAUACGCACCUCACGGAUGAGGAAAUCAAAAAGUAUACCGUUGGUGGAUUGGGAGGCGAUGAGUGCUUCUUGAUAUUGUGCAGCGAUGGGGUUACCAAUGUGCUCACUGACCAGGAGAUUGCAGACAUUGUCAUGACUACCUAUAGAAUGAGCGGACACUCGAAAGCAUCCCCACAGAAAUGUGCAAACGAAGUAGUCAAGUUUGUUGAAUAUGUUGGAGGUGAUGACAAUGCAACAGUUUUGGUAGUAAGGUUGAAUGGAUGGGGGCAAUGGCCUAAUAUAGACAGAACUGGGGAGUUGAGACAAAGCAGGUUGGAUUACAACCCAAGACGAGGCAGCGGGUAG